AUGAGACGAAAGAAUCCACAUCCGAAAAGAGCGGUGAACGCGAGGACGGUUUUGAAGGGAGAGAAAGAAGAACCUUUGGUGUUGUGUUCGAGGAUUCCUGACGAGGAGGCUGAUCUCGAGGCAAAUCAUCAUCAGAUACAAAAAGAAGAAGAAGAAGAGGGAGAAGACGACGACGUAGAGCGAUUGCGGAGGAUUAUGUGCGUGCCACGUGACGAUGUCGUGGAGCAAAAUCAGACGCGGAAAGACGCUAAAGGAGUGAAGAGAAAGAGAGGGCACGAGUGCGAUUUUUGCGAGAAGGUGUUUCGAUAUCCAUCCAAAUUGGCCGAACACAUGCGUACGCACACGAAAGAGAAACCUUAUGAAUGUGAAGUGUGCGAGAAGCGUUUUGCUCUAGCUGGUAAUUUGGAAAGGCACAUGCGUACUCAACACUAA